GAAGAUGGGUAAGGGUUUGGUUCCAUUUUUUGGGAUUAUAUUGUUAUGGUGGUCACAGAUUGCAAUGGCAGAAGGGGCUGAGUACAUGGAGUACAAAGACCCAAAGCAGCCGGUGGCUGUUCGGGUAAAAGAUCUUCUGGCUCGAAUGACUUUGGAAGAGAAGAUUGGACAGAUGGUUCAGAUUGAUAGGACUGUUGCCACCGCUGAUAUGAUGAGGAAAUUUUACAUUGGUAAUAUAUAG